AUGGAUAAUCGGAGUUACUUUGCAACUUACACCCUGGAGCAACCAAGAGACUCUAAAUCAUACAGACACAUAUAUUUCACAUGCUUCUUUUUUCUCUACUUACUGAUAUUGUUUCUGAACAGUUGGCUACUAGUGGUCAUUGUCUUGGAGAGAGCUCUUCAUGAACCAAUGUAUAUAUUUCUGUGCAAUCUGUGUAUAAAUGGGAUAUAUGGAGCUACAGGUUUUUAUCCUAAAUUUCUGCAUGACUUAAUAUUAGAUUCAUAUGUGAUUCCUUCUUACAUGUGUGCAAUACAAUCCUUCGUGAUUUACACUUCUGCUAUGUGUGAAUAUUGUAUAUUAGCGGUGAUGGCUUAUGACAGACAUGUGGCCAUAUGCAGACCUUUGGACUAUCAUACGAAGCUGAACAGAUUUGCAUGCAGUAUGUUACUUGCCUUCUGUUGGAUUGUACCAGUUAUUGUGAUUAUAAUAAAUGUUUCCUUAUCGAACAGGUUGGCACUGUGUAAAUAUCAUAUUGAUAAAUUGUUUUGUGAUAACUGGUCAAUGGUAAAGCUCUCAUGUGAAUCAACUGUCACCAAUAAUAUUUAUGGAUUUGCGGUCAUUUCAUUUGUUUCUGUCCUUUUUGGUUUCAUUAUAGUUUCGUACAUAAAACUUGCAGUUGCAUGUAAAGCAUCAUUGGAGUGCAGAAGGAAGUUUUGGCAGACGUGUGUGCCUCAUCUGUUUUCUUUGAUAAAUUUCAGUGUUGCAAUGCUUUUCGACACCAUGUACAGCAGAUACGGCUCAAGCGAUUUUCCAAAGAGUCUGCGUCAUUUUUUGGCUUUAGAGAUCAUUAUAGUGCCACCUCUUUUCAAUCCUCUCAUUUAUGGUUUAAAGCUCAAAGAGAUUCGCAAGAGACUGUUAAAACCAUUUGAAAUCAUUAAAAGUUUCGGAUGA